UAACAAAAUUCUCCAAGUCGAACUCCACCCCUAGUGGCUUUGUUUCGCCCAAUUGUCUUGUGAUUGCGAUAACGAGUGAUUAAUUGAAAUCGGUGCACACGCGAAGCUUUGAUUAAAACCCGCAAUUCGAUUGAUUCGGUGAAAUAAAAUUGUUGCAUUCGCCUGUCGUGCGCCAAGUAAUUACGUCCCGCAUGCAUAAUGUGGUGCGUUGCUGGCUAGACCACUGCAAAACUAGCUUCAAAUUCGCGUAAUUGUCAAAAAAAAAACUGCGAAAUGUCGUUUGGGACCGAGGAGUACUACAAGCGAUUCAUCGAAUUGCAGGAAAAGCUCCGCAAGAGCGAGGAGGAACGCCUCAAACUAGAAAUGAAAUUUAACGAAAUGGUUCAAGUUACACGAGAGGAGGAGCAAAUGCAUUAUCGGAAAUUGCGGGCUCAAUACAAGCGGUUCUUGGAGGAGGACAGGCGGAGACAGGACCGAAAUGAGCGCAUUUUACGCAGUUUGGAGAGGAUUGAAAGCCGGGUUGCGAUGCUAGUGGCGAAGACUGAACGAUUUAAACUGUUGAGACAGCAGUAUCAGAAUUUUUUGGACCGGAUUUAUCGCACCAAACAAGCAAAAAUUGAAGAUGUCAAGCCCAAAGAAGUCGAGAGACCCAAAACUGACGAUAUUUUGCAGAGUUACAUACAAAACUUGUCGUCGAAGAAAUUGAGGGAAAUGUUGAGGAAGGAGGAAGAUGAGACUUUCGAUUCGGGUCACCCCUUUGAGGGCGAUUAUAGACCGAAUUAUGCGAAUUCCAUCGCCGAUGAUAUCAUGAGUUCGAUUUAUAGCAAACCCAGUAAACAGCACCCUCGAGAGUUUAAUAAUAAUAAUAUUUGGGGCGCGAAAAUGCGGGCCAAGAGUAGUACUGAGGACGGUUCCGAUAUUGACGAAAUUCCGUACAACAGUGGUGUUAGUGAAGCCGUGAAAAAUUUCGUUCGAAUGGGGAAAAGGGACAGUUUGGUUGAACAACCAACGAAAAUUGAUGAUUCCUUGCCGCGAAUUGAGAAGGAGGCUGAAGAAACUGAUCAAAACAUAAAAAUUGAAGAAAAACUGAACACCGUGGAUUUGAUUGAACCACAAAAUAAUUGUGAAAGUCUAAGAAAUAAAAGAGAUGUUUCAAAAAUUGAAAGUACACUUGAACCCGAACAACAAGUGCAACAACAAAUUGAUGAAGUUGAUAGCAAAGUUUCAACACAAGUUCAACCUGAACAAACAAAGGAAGGUAUUGAAGAGAAACAACAAGUACAGGUCGCUGUGGAUGAAAGUGGGCAGCAAAACGGUGAACGCUACACUGAUCAAGUUCAACAUUAUAAUCUUGAACAAAAACAUGUGGAUCAAGGACAAUUUGAACAACAGUCCACUGAACAAACUCAGUUUAUCCAACAACAUGUGGAUCAAGGCGAAUUUGAACAACAACAAUACACUGACCAAAGUCAAUUUGAACAGCAGCACUAUGCCAAUAAUUCUAAUCCGAAAACUGAACAACAGUAUGAAAAAAUUGAUGAACCAAUUCUUCCAACGCAACAAUAUGAUGAUCAAGCCCAGUUUGUACAACAGUUUAAUAAAACUGAGCAACCUGUUCAAGAACAACAUUUUGAAAGUGAGCAGCCAAUCCCGUCACAACAGUUUGACGAUCAAGGCCAAUACGAUGAAAAUGGACAACUGAUUCAAGAACAACAAUAUGAUGGUGAACCACAAAUACCAACGCAACAAUAUGAUGAUCAAGGUCAAUUUGUGCAACAAUAUGACAAUAGUGACCAGCCGUACGAUCAGAGUGAACAACAGUAUGAUGAAAACGGACAACCUGUGCAACAGAUUACUGAACAAGGUCAAUUUGUGCAACAGUACGACGAAAGUGGACAACAUAUUCAACAGUACGAUGAACAAUACGGACAACAGUACGAUCAACACGGCCAGUACCUACAACAAUAUGACGAAACCGGACAACCUAUUCAACAAUAUGAUGAAAGUGGACAACUUAUUCAACAGUAUGACGAAACUGGACAGCCUAUUCAACAGUAUGAUGAAAGUGGGCAACCUCUUCAACAAUACGACGAAAGUGGACAACCUAUUCAACAGUAUGACGGAACUGGGCAGUCUAUUCAACAGUAUGAUGAACAACCUGUUCAACAAUACGACGAAAGUGGACAACCUAUUCAACAGUACGACGAAAAUGGACAACCUAUUCAACAGUAUGACGAAACUGGACAGUCUAUUCAACAGUAUGAUGAAAAUGAACAACCUAUUCAACAAUACGACGAAAAUGGACAACCUAUUCAACAGUACGACGAAACUGGACAGGCUAUUCAACAGUAUGGUGAAAAUGGACAACCUAUUCAACAGUAUGACGAAACUGGACAAUAUGGGCAACAUUAUGACGAAAACGGACAACCGACUCAACAGUUUGAUGAAAAUGGACAACCUAUUCAACAAUAUGACGAAAAUGCGCAAUACUAUGGCGAUCAAAGUAAUGUGCAAUAUGAUGAAAACGGUCAAAUGAUUCAGCAUUAUGACCAACCGUAUGAUGGAGUGGUUGAGCAACAGAAUGAAGUCAAAGGGGACGAUCAGAGUGUUCCUGCACCGUCAGAACCAAAGAAAAGUAACAUUUUGGAACUGUUAGAUACUGACACUGAAAGUAUGAAGCAGGAGUCGAAAGUUUCACACGAUAGUGAUUUUGAUUUCAGUAAUGAAUAAGUUUGGUAGUUUAGCCAUAGAAAUGUAAUGAAUGACACACUUGAUUUAGGUCUGUGAUUCAGUUUUUUUAAUACAACACUAAUAAAAAUAA